GAGAAAGCACCCGAGGGAGGCGGGAGGCUCAAGGGUCCGGGCUCCUCCGAGGUCCCAGCGCGGACGCCGCAGUCCAUUGUGCGUCCCGCACUGCGCGCUCUGUUGCAGCGGAGCCGGGGCCGGGAAGUGUGGACCCGUCUCUCCCCAGGCCUGGCCGCGUCGCCCGCUCUAGUCCAGCGGAGCCGGAGCCUCUCGGACCAAUCCCCGAUGAUUAUGCAAGACAGCCGACCAAUCAGCACCGCCAGCUCAUGAAUAUUUAUGACCUUGGCUGAGUCAAAGCUUUGAACCGAGUUUGGGGAGCUCGGCAGCAUCAUGCUUAGACUUUUCAAAGAGACAAACUCCAUUUUCUUAUGAAUGGAAAGUGAAAACCCCUGUUCCGCUUAAAUUGGGUUCCUUCCUGUCCUGAGAAACAUAGAGACCCCCAAAAGGGAAGCAGAGGAGAGAGACCCACACCCAGGCCCCGCGAGAAGAGAUGACCAUGACUACCAUGCCAGAAAGUCUCAACAGCCCCGUGUCGGGCAAGGCGGUGUUUAUGGAGUUUGGGCCGCCCAACCAGCAAAUGUCUCCUUCUCCCAUGUCCCACGGGCACUACUCCAUGCACUGUUUACACUCGGCGGGCCACUCGCAGCCCGACGGUGCCUACAGCUCGGCCUCGUCCUUCUCCCGACCGCUGGGUUACCCCUACGUCAACUCGGUGAGCAGCCACGCGUCCAGCCCCUACAUCAGUUCGGUGCAGUCCUACCCAGGCAGCGCCAGCCUCGCCCAGAGCCGCCUGGAGGACCCAGGUCAAGAUCUGGUUCCAGAACAAGCGCUCCAAGUUCAAGAAACUGAUGAAGCAAGGCGGGGCGGCUUUGGAGGGCAGUGCGCUUGCAAACGGCCGGGCUCUGUCCGCCAGCUCCCCGCCGGUACCGCCUGGCUGGAACCCGAACUCCUCCUCCGGAAAGGGCUCAGGCAGCAGCGCGGGCUCCUAUAUCCCCAGCUACACCUCGUGGUACCCUUCCGCACACCAAGAAGCUAUGCAGCAGCCUCAGCUCAUGUGAGGCUGUCAGUUCUUGCCCACCCACCUCCUCCUGGCUCCUUUGGCCCGGCCCCUCCUGCCUUCAGGUUUAUACCCCGUCUGUGUGCCCUGGGCCUGGAGGAGGAGGGCUCCGAGGGAAAGAUGGAACUGUGAUGGCUGCAGGCUAGCUGCCUCCUCUGCGCAGGUCUGGCCUGGUGGAUUUCCCAGCUCCUGUGCUCUUGGCCUGGACCUGGGCCAUGGUCACAACAGAGUGACCUCAAAGCAUAAGGCACUGCCACCCUACAGCAGAAGCAGCAAGACAAACCUGCUGGACCCCACCCGAUCCUCAGCUUUGUGGGACUAUCAGGAAAAAUACACACACACACACACACACACACACACACACACACAAUGUAGAAAAAGCAAAAGCUCUUUCUCUGUUCUGUCAGUCUGUCUCCUUUUUCCCUGUCCGUGCGCCGAGUCAAGGUCCUUGUAUGUCUGCUGUCCUCAUUCUGCGGCCUCUGCAAAAAGGCACCAGGUCUGAGCCACACGCGGUCUGCCAGGCCGCCCAUCUUGGGAUUCUGGGACGUUUCUUCCUUUCUGGCCCUCUUCUGGACCCUGCCUGGCCAUCUGUGUAGCUUGUUUGGGAAAUGGGAAAAAUCAGAGGGAAGGGGUUUUAUUUAUUGAAAACGGACUUUGUCUGAGGCUAUGUGUUGGCCAAUUCCAGGUUUGGGGGGGGGGGCGCAUGCCAAGAGCGCGCUGUCCAAACAUGCUGUUUACUUUUAAUGCACCAGAAAGCAAACGAGGAGGAGGUAGUGAUUUUUAACUUGUACAGUAACUUUUGUACUUUGCUGGUAUGGAGUGGUUGAAGCUGAAUGAUUUGCAUUUUUUUACAUAUCCCAUAAUAUUAAAAAUACUACAUAAGAAAAGAAAGAAUAAGUAACAGAAGAAAGAUAAGUGAAGCCAACACGAUUUUGUCAUCUCAGGAGGAAACGCUUGGACCCUUUGCCUAGACAAGAAGGGAAAUCCUAAUUUGGGUAGCAAGAGAGAGGGCUCCAUGGGCAGCAGAGAGAAAAGUCAGGCACAUGCAAGCCCCUAAUUUCAGGGCACUUUAAAGUAAGACAAAAAGCAGCUUUACAACAAUCCCCAGUGGCUCAACCACAGGAUAAUGCCAGUCACCACUCUGAAAGCGCCAGUCUCCAGUGUAGGAUCUGAUCUUAUCGCUGUACAUAUUAUUAUCGUUAUUAUUAUUAUUAUUAUUAUUGUUCUGUAAACAUGUUGCACAGCUUAGCUUCUCUCUGUUCUGUUGUGUGGCUGUAAAACCAGAUGCUUUGUGAAAUGAGAAUCUUGACAUUUUACUUGUGAAAUUUGGAAAAUGUGACCAAUUGAAAUCAACUGUGUUUUGUGUUCUCUAUGUCAAAGUUUAGUUUUAUAUUGAGAAUGUUAACUUAUUGCUUUGUAUCUUGGGGGGGGGGGAAAGAACUUUGUAAAUAAGUUAUAAAGUUUCUUUGAGACAGUAAAACUAUGGUUUCAAGAAAGAA